AGCAGGUCUUCUAAGAAAGCAAAAAAUGAUGCAGCAAAAGUCAAAAGAGAGAAAAAAAUGCGUCCCAAAUCAGCAAGAAAUUAUGGUGAGCACUACCCAUUGCUCCCACCUUGUAACUGUAAGAAAAAAAAAUGCACAGAGAAAUUCACUGAAAGCAGGAGACAGCAGAUCCAUGACUUGUUCUGGCAUCUGAAUAACUAUAAUGAUCGUAAACAGUGGAUGCUUCAGAAUAUAAAAAGAGAGGACUGCAAGAGGAGAAGAGUGGACCAGCCCGAGUCUACUAGGAAAUCAGAAUCCCGCUGGUACUACCUUCCAAAUGAAGAAGGUCACCAGCUUGAGGUCUGUAAAGAUUUCUUUUUGAGAACACUUGGAUACAAAUGGGACAGCGUUAUUGAUACCAUCCGUAAGACCACUCCUAAAGGGGAGACCAGCACCCGACCAGACAUGAGAGGGAAGAAAUCUCCAGCUCACAAGCUGUCAAAUGAGAUUUUGAAAUCUGUUAUCCAGUACAUUGAAUCCAUGCAACAGACAGCAGAGCCGUACAACCACAGACCUGAAGUUGCCGGAGAUUUGCAUGACAGCAAACAGGAAAAUAAUUCCGAAAAGCAGACCAAAAACAAAAAUAUAGGAAACGUUACCAUUCCUUAUGGUUUAACUAUGAAAGAUCUGUUUGAUGACUAUAAGGCCAAGCACGCAAGUCAUAAGAUUGGUUAUGAGAGUUUCCGCAGAAUUUUCAAAGCUCUGUCCAAUUCUGAA